UCAAUGUAGGUCAAAUAACAUGUCUCAUAUCUACGGUAACGUCGAACCACCAGAGGAGACAAACGAAAAUGUUUAUGAGGAUUACAUAAAUCCCACUGCGUCAUCUGGAGCCACAAGGCAAGAUGAUGCUGGUGAAAAAAACUCUGAAAGUAAGAAUCGAAAAAUCAGUUGGUAUAACAUCGCCAUAAGUACUGCUGUCAUCUUAUCUAUUGGACUAGCAUCAUGCGGAAUGAUUUUUGCUGUUCAGAAUAAUAACAGAAUCCAAAAACUAAUGGAGGCAUUGGAAGUGAAAAUUGAGAAUAUUACGACCAAAGUGAUGCACAAUCAUGGAGAAUUGGAGAUGAAAAUGGUAACAAUGGAUAAUCGUAUAAGAAAGAUUGAUACUGAAACCAACUUGAUCCGCGUCAAUCAUGAAGAAUCGGAACAGAAAAUUGAGAAUCUUACGAUCAAAGUGAUGCGCAAUCAUGAAGAACUGAAGGUGAAAAUGCUAACAAUGGAAGAUCAUAUGAGAGAUAUUGAUACUAACACCAACUUGAUUCGCAUAAAUCAUAAAGAUUUUUCUUCUUCUGUGAAGAAUUCCAUCGAUACUAUGAAACUAACUCUGCAUCAUAUAGAAAGUUUAGAAUAUCCAGUAGCUGUGCGAUUGGUUGGAGGAAACAUCACUAAACGUUCAGGUCGUGUUGAAGUUCGUUACAACGACAUAUGGGGGACGAUCUGUGAUGAUGGCUGGGGGCAGGAAGAAUCAAACGUUGUCUGUCACAUGCUUGGUUUCGGAAACGCUUCAAGAUAUUAUAGUAGUGCGCACUUUGGAACGGGGUAUGGGAAGAUAUGGCUCGAUGACGUCAAAUGCACUGGAAUUGAAAGCGACAUUACUUGGUGCCGACAUAUAGGUUGGGGCAAUCACAAUUGUGGUCAUGGCGAAGAUGUUUCCGUUGCCUGCGAUUCUGUGCCGGAAUCAUGAAGUAUGAAAGAAUUAUUUACUAUAUUCAACAUUCUCAAUGAAUGAUACAAUCCUAACCAAACUCAUAUGACGAUACAAUAAAUGAAAUUAUUAACAAAAAUUCUCAAGGCAGUUAUAAUAGCGAUUAUCUGUUUGAAAAACUCAGAUAGAGGUUAUGCAAUGUACACACUUAAACUAGGGUUUGUUGAUUUAAAAAAACUUUGCAAAUAUAAUCCAACUAUAAUCGUUUUAUAACGAUUGGCACAUUUAGA